UCGCGAUGUCAAAUUAAGACCUUCCUGAAUCUUGCCUGAAUCAUAUUUGCGACGCGUCUCGCGCGCGCGCGCGUGUGUAUUUACAUCAAGUUCACAACACGAAGCGUUCGUAGAGAGAGGGAAUGAAUAAUGAAUGACAAAUAUUCGGAGUUUGCGGAAGAUUCGGAGGAGCCAUCCAUUACGUCGUCGGAUCCAAACGAGCGGAAAUUAGCGCGCCGGAUCCGUAUUCAGCGACGUGCAGAAGCGCUAACUAAAAAAAUAGGUCCUAAAGAUGAAGAAAUUGUCGAAAGGGAGUCUAUCGAAAAACAAAUACUUGCUAGUUUUGAACUCUUGGAAAAAUUAUCGACGGAAGCAGACGAAGUGGUAUCUUCCGUGAAAAUCGCAAACGAUGCUAGAGAAUUACAAAGACGGAGGGAAGAGCAGAAAAUCAGAAGAGAGUUGUUCAAAAUACUCGAGGAAGACGAGAAAGAAUGCAUGAGCAGAUACAAGGAAAUCAAUAAAAAAUGGUCAAAUAUUCUUGCGUCUAAAGAUCCGUUAGAUAUACACGCGGAAAUGGAAGCUCAAAAUGCCAAGUGUUUGGAUAUUAUAAAGAGAAAAGAUGCUGUUAUCGCACAAUUGCGACAAGAAUUGGAGAACGCCGAUUUCAAAUUUGUUAAUGAUCAGAAAACUCAGAACGAAGAUAUAAAUUUUUUGAUCAAUAGAAUGGACAAUCAAAUGAACAUCAUGGCCAAAGCUUACCGUCACGAGUUGUCUCUCAUUAAUGACGUAAUCGAAUCGGAGCAUAAAAUAUUGUUAGAAAAUAUGAUGGAAAAAUGGGAAGCGUUAUACAAACGAUUACAAGAGGAUAAUCUCGUGGGACUAGACAGACGAAAAGAAAUAAUGCACGAAUAUGAGGAAGAGAUGAAAAAAGUCAUAAUCGAACAUCAGGAAGAGUUCCGAGCUCAGAAAAUCAGUUUUGAACUUGAGAUUCAAAAGCUUCGACAAGAGGUGCAGAGCACGAAAGCGUUGUGUUUUAUAAACAUUGAGAAACUGGACUACAGCUACGCCGUGCUUAAACAACGAGAAGAUGAAAACAUUAUAGUAAAAAAUCAACAAAGGAGAAGAAUCAAUAAACUUCAAGAUGUUAUCAAUGGUCUAAAAAAGAAUUAUGCAGAGUUAGAAGAAAAUACGAGACUUGAGAUACAAAAACUUACUGACCAAGUCAUAAAAGCACAUAAAAAUAUUUUGGAUUUAGUGGAAAAGUCUAAUCAUUUUACGAGCGUUAAUGAUAAGAAAUAUAUGCAAAUUUGGGAUAUGAAUACGAAAAAUACGAAUGAAUUGCUCGACAAGAUUUUAACUAUUGACAAAAUUAUAUAUGAACAAGCGUUAGGCCUGGACUGGAAUCCACCUGAGAAAAUCUUAUUAAAUAAAGAAGAUUUGCCAUCUUAUCGUUGUGUAAUAUGCACUAUAGAAGAAGAAAAUAGAAUGGCUGAAGAAAAUAAAACAAUAUGUAAAUCUUAUAAACCGGCGAAUACCAUCGAGGAAAUCAAUUUAGAAAGACGAUUAUUAAAUCAUAUUAUAAGACAGAUCGCCGAUUGUUGCGAUUAUCUGAUCGAAAAUAAACUACUCGAGUUGCUUUUACCUUACACUGCAAAGGAUCAACUAGUUAUACGAUUAGAUAAUGUGUUUCAGGCACUGAACGUGAAAUCUGAAGAGGAACUUGGAUUUCUCUUAAAUUUCUUUUUACCGUAUGCGUAUUGUCCCAUAUGCAAAGAUAUAAGUAAAUCUAUUUGUGAUGAAAUUGUUAUGAUGAAAUCUGCUUCUUUAGAAACGGAAAUUAUAGAACAGUUAGACGUCUGUGGAAUUGCCGAAGAAUUUACGGAAGAUGCAGCUAAAUUGAUUGCUGACGUGAAAGAAGCGAUCUAUGUCGAGAAAUCAUCUAUUCCCAACAACGAUGUAAGCAUAAUAAAUAGUUCAUCUCCAAGUCCUCUGACUGAAACGUUACUUCCUAUUGUGGAACGCACCUCAAUUUCUAUUGCAUCUAUUUGCGAUAUUGUCAAAGAUGACGAUCAGAUGCAACGACGCUUAUUGUGCGACAAGGGACACUUGCUUGAAAUUGAAACUACGUUUGUCACUAAAGCUUUACGAGAAUUUGUGGAAAGAUAUUAUUUUGUUAAAUGGCAAGAGAUGCCACAAACUUUCCAGGAAAAAUUAAUAGACAAAAAAACAGUCGUGUCUCGAAAUAUAACAAUUCAGGAUAUAACAAAUUUUUGGAAACGAUACAUUGAAAUUUUCCCAGCAAAAAAGGAACGACUUUGGGAUGGCUUAUUAAUUGGACUUAAGAAAUAUCAUAAAGUGUUAAAAGAAAGACAUCAAUUGAAUAUCGAAAUAGAAUCUUUACGAAAGCAGAAUGCGGAAUUACGUCGUUUAUUGAAAACAUAUAUAAUCCAGCCUGAAGGUGAUACAUUAUCGCAGGAUGAUGUACAAUCUGUUUGCAACAAUUCAAAAUGCAAUUUACGCACAAAUUAAACUUACUUUAUGUCUAAAUAAAAAAAAUUUAAUAUAUAAUUCUCAACAUGAGAAACCAGUAU